AUGGAUUCAGACGAGGAUGCGCCUUUCACGGCCAGACGCGCCAAGCCCGCUGCUGCGCCCGCCGCCCGUCCCGCUGCCCCGCUCCGCCCGCACUCCUCUCCCGCCGAUCGUCCGCGUCCCUCGCCAGGCGGUGGGAGAGGCGGCGGAAGAACCGGCGCGAAUAGCGGCGUCCGCCUGCCAAUGAAGAGCGAGCCACGCCACGCGUCGGAUGACGACGACGACGUGCCGCUGGGUAAGCUAGCGGCCGGCGCGGCGCCUCGGCCGGGGGAUAAGCGGCCGGCGGAGCGGUAUCCGGGGAACGGGGGAGGGCGGGACGGCAGCGGCGGGGGUCGCGACGGGCCGAGUCCCGCGGAAAAGCGGGCGAAGGCGGAACCUGUGACUGUAAAGCGGGAAACCGAUCCGCGCGGUUCUAGGGACGGGGGAAACGCGGGGAACGGAUCCGGCGGGGCGGUGAGGGUGAAACCCGAACGGGCAGAUGAGGACGACGAGAAGCCGAUUAGGAGCUUGCGUCCGGGCAGCGGGCAGGGUAGCGAGCAGGGUAGCAGACAGGGCAGCGGGCAGGGCAGCGGGCCGGGCAGGGGAGUGAAGAAAGAGGAGAAGGCGGAGAGCGAGGAGGAGGAGGAGGAGGGGAGUGAGGAGGAGGGGAGCGAGGAGGAGGGAAGUGAGGAAGAGGGGAGCGAGGACGAGGGAAGCGAGGAGGAGAGCGAAUCAGAAAGCGAUGAGGAUGUUCCACUAGCGAAACGAGCCGGGGCGGGUGGGGGCGCCGCUGGUGGUACUGCUGGUGCAAAGCCGGGUGCCAGAGCGCCAGCCAAGACACCGACAAAGCCAGCAGGGAAGGGCGCGGCAAAGGGCAGUGCGGCUGGAGGGGCGAAGAAGGGGAAGAAGGAGGACAAUUCGGUGAAGUGGAAGACGCUGUCCCACAAUGGCGUGAUCUUCCCGCCGCCCUACACGCCCCAUGGCGUGAAGAUGCUGUACAAUGGCAAGCCCGUCGACCUCACUCCAGCGCAGGAAGAGGUAGCCACCAUGUUUGCAGUGAUGCGAGAAACGGAGUAUGCGACGAAGCCGGUGUUUCUGAAGAACUUUUGGAACGACUGGCGCAAGAUAUUGGGGCCCAGGCACGUGAUUCAGAAGCUGGAAUUAUGUGACUUCACGCCUAUUUGGGACUGGCACCUGGCGGAGAAGGAGAAGAAGAAGCAGAUGACCAGUGAGGAGAAGAAGGCUUUGAAGGAGGAGAAGCUAAAGGCAGAGGAGAAGUACAUGCAUGCAGUGAUCGAUGGGUUGAAGGAGAAGGUUGGCAACUUCCGGGUGGAGCCGCCAGGGCUGUUCAGAGGGCGGGGCGAGCAUCCCAAGAUGGGCAAGCUAAAGCGGCGGAUAAUGCCAGAGGAUAUCGUAAUCAACAUAGGGAAGGAGGCACCCGUGCCUGAAUGCCCCAUACCCGGCCACAGGUGGAAGGAGGUGCGGCACGACAACACAGUGACAUGGCUGGCGUACUGGUUUGACCCGAUCAACCAGAAGGACUUCAAAUACGUCUUCCUCGCUCCCAGCAGCCGCCUCAAGGGGCUGUCGGACAAGGAGAAAUAUGAGAAGGCGCGGAAGCUCAAGGACCACAUAGGCAAAAUCCGUGCGACGUACACGAAGCACUUCACGUCCAAGGACGACCAGAUACGGCAGGUGGCCGUCGCCACGUACCUCAUCGACCGGCUGGCACUGAGAGCAGGCAAUGAAAAGGACGAUGACGAGGCGGACACGGUGGGUUGCUGCUCGCUCAAAGUGGAGCACGUCACGCUCGUGCCGCCCUCCUCGCUGCAGUUUGACUUCCUGGGUAAGGAUUCGAUCCGCUAUUUCAACACAGUCGAAGUCGAGCCUCUGGUGUACAAGGCGAUAGGAACGUUCAGGAAGGGCAAGAAGAAGGACGAGGACUUGUUUGACAAGCUGGACACCACGAAGCUCAACUCGCACCUCAAGGAGAUCAUGCCCGGGCUCACUGCUAAGGUCUUCCGUACCUACAACGCGUCAAUCACACUUGACACGCUGCUCCAAGACACGGUAGGCAGCCUGGUGGUGGAGAAGGUAGCGGACUAUCAGCGCGCCAACAAGGAGGUGGCCAUUCUGUGCAACCAUCAGCGCGCCGUGUCCAAGGCACACUCGGCACAGAUGGAGAAACUGCAGGCCAAACUGAAGGAGCUGGAGGAUGCGGUGGAGGAAAUGGAGGAGGACUUGGAUCGAGCACGCAAGGGGAAGCCGCCCGUAAAGAGAGAGGGCGAGGGCGCCAGGAAGGUCAACCCCGAGGCGCUCGAGAAGAAGCUAGCACAGUCGAAAGCACGUCUCGAGAAGAUGAAGUUAGACAUGAGCAUAAAGGACGAGCUCAAGACGGUGGCGCUGGGCACGUCCAAGAUCAACUACAUGGACCCGCGCAUCACCAUCGCAUGGUGCAAGCGGCAUGACGUGCCUAUAGAGAAGAUCUUCAACAAGUCGCUGCUUGCCAAGUUCGGAUGGGCCAUGGAUGUCUCUCCGGAUUUCCGCUUCUAG